GAUGUCGUUACAAUCCCAUGUCCAGUGGCCACUGUAAGCUUUUGAAUAUAAUCUGAUUAGAUUAAUUGGAUUUAAAGUCAAAUGUAUACCUCGUUAUUCUCGGUAUGUGUUGUUCGCAAAACAGUUGCAAUCAACUAUGUCGGAGAAAUCAUUGCCUGUUGUGGCUAAAGGCGGAAAACGCUACACCGACGGAACAUCCUACGUUGGAGAUUGGGAUUCAGAGGGAAGAAGACAGGGUGAAGGACACAUCUCCUUUCCAGAUGGUAUCCGGUACGAUGGGUCGUUUGAACAAGGUCUUUUCAGCGGGUUUGGAGUAUUGACAUUUCCGGAUGGAGCUAAGUAUGAGGGAGAAUUUUUCCAAGGGUGGUUCCAUGGAUAUGGCAUCUUCUGGAGAGCUGACGGUACUAGACAUGAAGGAGAGUUCAGAGGUGGUAAAAUAUGGGGAUUAGGAUUAACAACAUUUGGUGACAACACAAACGGAUUUCCCAGAAAUGAAGGGUUUUUCCAAGACUGUCAGUUAAAAAAGCUUAUGAAGUGUCCAGAGGUCAUUCAGAAAGCACAGAAGAUUGCGUUCAUGGCUAGAAACCGAUUCAUCACAAACGCAGAUAUGUAGUUAGAUAAAAUGUUCAACUAUAUAGAAUUUUGCUUGCAGUAUGAAGCUCGAUUUCAAUAAAGGUUGUUUGCUAUUAGCUAAAAUAUUAUAUUCCUAGGUUUUAUCGAUAGUAAUAAUAAGAGCAAGGAAAAACAAGAUGCUUGAAAAGCGGCAUCUAAGACUACAUACUACAAACAAAAAUACGGGAAAUGAGAAAUUCUCCCUGUGAGUAAUCAAUAACGUGGAAGCCGCUUUCACAGUUGAUCUAGGUGACGGCAGAUGGCAGGUGAAUGCAGGAGCUGAAGCAAGCCCCUGACCUGCAAUUUGCUUCCAGAUUUCAGAGCUUGAUUUAUGCACAAGAUACAUGAUAAGCUGUUUUGGAGAAUCUAUAAGAUUUUAGAUAACGAAAAUUAUACUGAUUGAGGC